AUGAUGACAGCAUCCAGUGACUUAAAAUAUUAUUAUAUUAAAUUUUGUUGUGUGCAUGGAGGAUGCUACAAAAAAAAAAAAAACCCUUGACCAACGUUCUACAUCGUGAGUACAUUUAUUUUAUUUAUUUAUUUAUUACUAAGUUGUAAAAUUCAAGAUUUAAAAUAUUAAAAUGUUUGAAGUACAAUGCGCCAAGGCUGUGAUGGAAUAUUACAAUAAAAACUGGCAUUUAAUAAGGGAUGAAUGGGUGAUAGGCAUGACCUACAUGACAGGAAAUUUUAUGAAUAAAACAAAUAAUAGAUUAGAGAGUUUCAACGGGAAACUAAAAUCUGUUAUUUCCUGUUUUUCUACUUUAGAAAAUUUUGUAGAAAAAUUAUUCAUUGUUCUCAAAUGCAUUAGAUUAGAACGCGAUAAAAAUGCUGUGAAGUUGGUUCAAAAACACCCAAUUCAAAUGUCUCAAACUCCUGAAUUGCAUAAGUAUUAUGAUUUGUUAACACCUUAUGCAUACAAUUUUUUAAAAAAACAGUUUGAGUAUGACGAAGAAAGUAUUACUAAAAAUACAACUGAGAAUACAUGCAGUUGUAUUUUCUACAACUCAAUGAGACUUCCGUGUCAUCAUAUUUUUAAGGUACGAAAACAAUCACUGACACCUUUAUUUGAUCCUGAUUUGUGCGAAAAAAGAUGGACGAGAAAUUAUUAUUAUAAAACUCAAAGGGUUUUUCAAAAUGUUGAGGUCGCUGUCUCCGAUAGUGAUACUACAGUAACUACAUUAUACAGAAAAAAGAAAAAAGUCCCAACAACUCAUGAAAAGUUCAGAAAAGCAACAUUAAUAGGUGCAAAGAUUUCUGAAUUAAUUUCCCAAGCUUCAAAUGUUCAUUUCUAUAGAAAAAUUGAACAGCUUGAAUGUAUAUAUAAUAAUUGGUUGAAAGGGCAUGAGGUAUCUAUUCAAGUGUUAGGUAAUUAUGAAAUUAGAAAAACUGUAUAGAUGUAGAUAAUGACGUUAUGGAUGAUGUUGAAAAUGAAGAUUUAGGUAAUUAUAACAGACAGGAUAACUACCCAGACAAUGAUAUUGUAUGUAUUAACUAAUAAAAAAAUAAUAACUAAUA